AUGACAACUCAGCUAUUGGCGUCUGAACUGGCCAACCUCAUCCAAGAGAGCAAGAGGAAGCAUAAUGACCUUCGGCAGGCUGCUGAGAAGUCGUUGGAGGAGCUGAGGAGCAUCAAGGGUGCUACGGAAGCUCAGACAGCCACUGAGCUCAGCCAGCGUGCGAACUUUGUAAACCCAUUCAUCAUCGCAUGCGGCACCAAAAACGUCAAGUUCACCGGCAUCGCCAUCGUCUGCCUCCAGCGCCUCAUCGUCGCCAAAGCACUCCCCCGAGGUAAAUUGAACCAGGUACUCGAGGCGCUCAGGGAAGCUACCUCGGCGGGGCUCGAUGUCCAGUUAAAGAUCCUGCAGGCGCUGCCGUCGCUGCUUCAGAAUUAUUCCGUGGACGUUAAGGGUGAUAUGCUUGUCACCGCGCUAAACAUCUGCUUUAUUCUGCAGGCGAGCAAGAAUGCGAUCGUGAAUAAUACGUCGGCGGCUACGUUGCAGCAGCUUGCUGUGUCUGUGUUUGAUAAGGUUGUGGUUGAAGACAAAUCACCGGGCGAUACGCCUUUCGUUGGAGAAGCUCCGACGGAAGAUGGGACUGUCCAGCUUCGAACUGCGGCCCUUGAUGCCUUCAGAGUCUUCAACGAUCUCUGCCUCAUGACAGAGAACCAACGCCCAGAGUAUCUACGCUUCACAGGGCUUCCGCAAACAUUCGGCCUUGAACUCAUAGAAUCCGUUCUUACGAAUCAUGCGUCCAUCUUCCUAACUCACCCAGAGCAGGCGCACAUCCUCCGGACCAGGGUGAUGCCAUUCAUCAUUAGCGCUCUAAAUCAUAAACCCAAUUUUGCGACAUCUGUUCGCCUGGUCCGUAUUCUAUACACCCUUCUCCGCCGCCAUAUCAGUAUCUUGCCCUCCGAAAGCGGACAGGCUCUGGAUAUCCUUACUCAGCUCCUCGACCAGGACGUCCCGCUUUGGAGAAGAGCUCUCUGUAUGGAAGUUUUCCGGGGAGUAUUCACCGAACAUGCUUUGAUGAGACGCAUAUUUUACCUCUACGACAUGAAGGAGGGAGAGAAAGAUAUCCUCAAGACGCUGACGGCGACUUUUGUGCGUCUGAGCACGGAGAAGCCGAGCGUCAUCGGGCUUGGCCAUCAGUCGACCAUUCCAGUAUCCAAUCCAUAUGUAGGUACUGCGGGGGACGUUAUGCUGGAAUCUGGAGGAGUUACAGGUAUCAUUAGUGGGUCUGGUCCAUCCGAGGGAGGAAAUACCGGGAUCAGCACGCAAUGGAGCUCCGUUCGGGUGCCGUGCAUCGACCAGCUGGACAAGACGGAACCACCGGCGAUCCCUGAAUCCUACAUCUAUAACCUAACUCUUGCCUGCAUCUCGUCACUCUCAGAAGGGCUUGCCAAGUUUAUUCUGCCCUUGACGGUUCCUGGGGAACGCAACCGCAAGAAACUCGCAAGGCAGGACACCGGUAGGGCGUCUCCGGCGCCAGGGGCCAAGGAAGAGCAAGCCGAGUCGAAGGGAUUAGAGCGGACACCUUCCUACAAGAGGAACCCCGUCCCCAUUAACCCCCUGAAGCACGAAGACCAUCCACAAUAUACAGAAGUCAAAAUCUGCGCUGCCAUCAUUGACGAAUGCUGGCCAGCUAUCCUGGCUACUUGCUCAACGUUCCUCAACGCCGCGCUCGACUCGGAGUACUAUCACGGACUUGUCCGAGCCUUUCAGAAAUUUGCCCACGUUGCGGGACUUCUGCAUCUCAAUACGCCUCGAGACGCAUUCCUCACGACGCUCGGGAAGGCGGCUGUACCGCCGAACGUUUUCACAGCCUGCCUAAACAUGGGUGCAGCUCGGCCGAGCACCCCUACAGGUCCGGACUCCGCGGGGGGGCUUCUUAGCAAUGCCAGGGGCCUUCUCAGUCGGGAGAGUCUCACGCUACAUCCCCAGCCUACGGAGAAAGGCCGCCAACCCUCCUUGGAUCCCACCCAAGGAGCCUUGAACACUCGCAACCUUCUUUGUCUGAGGGCUUUGCUCAACCUGGGUAUUGCGCUCGGACCUACCUUGGGAAGCUCGUGGAGUAUAAUCCUGGAGACGCUGCAGCAGGCUGACUUUGUUCUAUUCUCCUCCGGUAAGGUGCCGGGGAAAAUACCCACUGCCAUCAAGGGACAGGACCCUCAGGCCGAAAACGAGGCGCAUGCGCUGCUUGGAAACUUUGGCGGCGAAAUUAGGGCUGUUGAGACGGCUGUCUCCAGGCUUAUUGAAAGCACUGUCGAUUUCCCCAACAGGUCGUUUGUCGAAGUGGUCGAAGCUAUCUGCAAUCUGUUGGAGCGCGGCCAGACUGAGACGCCAAGCUCUACUACCACCGCUCAAACCUCAUCGCCGCCUCCUACCGGUAACAUGCUCAAGACUCCUGGGGCCGGCCAGCAUCGCCGCGUCCUUAGUAUUUCAACGCCGGCCACGGCAGGCCCCACGCAGGAGGACAUGUUAGCUCUCGGCAAGCUCGGCGACGUCGCCACCGUCAAUAUCGAAAGGCUACUCUCAUACCCUCCAGAGGUUUCUGGUUGGACCCCGCUCACGACGGAACUCAUCAGGGUGCUGAACGCAGCUGGGAUGUACGCUUCCGUGAGGACUAGAGCAGCGGAGAUUCUCGUCCGUCUUGUGCUUGAGGCUGCGCAUGUCGCUGGUACCCUUGAGGAAGACGCCCGAGCUGGUGUUCAGCUUCGGCUUCUGGAGGCCUUGCGUGAUGCGUUAGUUCCCCUUCAAGCAGAGGACCGAGAUGUCUCUGUUGCGAACCACGGGACUGAUGUCGAGAUCCACAAGAUCAUUCUUGACGGCUUGAAGAGCAUGCUCGAAAACUGUGGGGAAGCACUCGUUAGCGGUUGGACCAUCGCGUUUGACAUUAUCGGCUCCAUUUUCGUCUAUAGGAAGUUUGGCGUGCCUGAGCGUCGGGGAACUCAACAGUCGGUGCUCAUGACGAGGUCGGCCAAGCUGAUCCGGCCGUCGUUUAAUUCUCUUGAGCUCAUCUGUUCGGACUUUUUGGCAGCUCUUCCCAACUCGUGUUUCCUUAGGCUCGUGGAUACACUCUAUGAAUUCUGCACUCAGGGUGACGACUUAAACAUAGCAUUGACGACUGUCACCUUUUUCUGGGUGCUUUCGGACUUCUUAUCGGGGAAGAACAAGUCGCUCUCGAUUACUUCGGAGCUAAUGCAGGGAAGAAAUGCAUCCGACUUGGCAGAAAUGGCAUCUGAUCCUGAACAGUCGGCAUCGGAUGCCGCAUUGUGGAUGCUUCUGUUACUUCGCCUUACGAAAGUAACUGCUGAUGCCCGUCUCGAACUGAGAAAUAGCGCGAUUCAAACCUUGCUUCGAAUUUUCGACGCGUAUGGGGACCGCCUUAGUUCCGAGGCAUGGUCGAUAUGUAUUAAAUCAGUUCUAUUCAAGCUGUUGUCUUCCAUCGAAGAGGAAUUGGAAGCGGCAAACGAUGAUGAUGCGGACGAUCGAGAUAGGAGCGAAUGGAACGAGACAGCAGUGGUUGUUCUGAACGGAAUCUCGACUCUUGUUGCUAACUACUUGGAUGCCCUGACGCAGCAUCCUUCUUUCGACUCACUGUGGAAGGAGCUGAUUGGGCACUUUGGAAAGUUGCUCGACUUUCAGAUUCUCGACAUCAAUACGGCCGUUUUCAAUGCCUUAGGGAAGAUACUCGCGCAGACACGAGACAGCUCUCCGGCUGCACUGAGUAAAGAGAGCAUCGAUCUCUCUUGGGGCCUGUGGAGCAGGGGCAUUCCUGUGGCAGUAGACGAGGAAGAGUCGAAGCAAGACAAUCAAAACUGUCUUCUUGCCUACGUCUCGGCACUGGAGGAUGUGUAUCGGCUGAUCGAUGCCGAUCUCACCGUUGAGAGAGUCGACACCAUGCUCAAGCUACUUCGGGAAUCAACGCAGUACGCGACAACAGGCGCCUACGUCGUCGACGUGGAGUACAUGACGCCGCUCCAAUCCAAGAUCUUAGAAGCCGUGCGCCGCAUACGCGUCAACCUUCCGGGCGUGCCAGCAGUGGUGCUCACUAAGAUCGCCGAGUUCAUCGCGAUGGCAUUCGAAAUAGAUCCUAACAAGCCCGCACAGUCAUCUCCCAAGAGAACUUUCGUGGCAAUGUCCAAGACGAGCAUGGGGAUUCUACAGGAUCUUAUCCUGAGCAACGCUACGGACGAAGAGAUUUACAUAAGUAGCGCAUACGUCUCGGCGCUUAGCACGCUUGCGCGACCCAUCACUUUGAAGUACAGCUUUCCCAUAGUUACGAGGUCAGUUCAGCCGUGGAGGCUUGCGACCAGCACGGCCUUGGCGGUCUUAGAAGGCACACUUCCGCAGCUGAAGAACCUCGACAACAUACCCAGCCAGAUGGUGCAAAAUAUUUGGCAAGAGAUUGUCAAGAUUUCCAACGGCAUCGUCAGCGCCGAGUGUCACCGAGCACCUGAGGACGGGGUCCAUGUGGCCGCAGACGAAGUGUUCGACGUCCAGUCCUUCCUGAAGCUUCGGGAUCUCAUCAUCCCCUCUCUCGGGGCGGAGGUGAUCUCGGACAAGACGCGGAAAGCAUUCGCGGAGAGUCUCUUCCGAACAUCCAUCAUCCACCAACCAUCACCCGAGGAAAUCAAGCUUCUGUCAAACAGCAGCGGAGAUGCACUUGCCACCUUACUCCACAAAUCCCGCCACGGCCGCACAGCCGUCUCACUACCAGCCAAGCGCACACGAAUGAGCUACGUCUGCCUCGACGAACUCUUCUCCCUUAUCUCAGCACACGACGAAGCGGCGACGACCCCCUCCAUCGUCGUCCAACCCCCAACGCCAAAGUUUCCCCGCGACGGCGCCACCGGCCCAAGAGAAGCCCCCUCCGCUCUCCACGUACGCAUCGCGCGAACGGCCGCGCCCUACCUCAUUUUGCGAUCGGCACUCGUCCUUAGAGCGUACGUGGCGGACCAACCGCUCCGGGGUCGCAUGCCGCAGCCGCUCUCGCAGCGGAAGGAGUUACUGCAUGUGCUGAGACGGUUGGCGGAUUUGAAGUCGGAGAGCGAGGCGAUACCGGACACGCCGAACGUGGAUAGCGAGAAUAGGAAGCACUUGUUGAGGGUGUAUCCGCUCUUGGUGGGGGCUGCUGGGGUUGCCGGACGGUGUGGGGAUGAGGGUGUUUUGGGGGUGUUGGGGGAGGCGCUGAAGGUCGUUGGAGGGGAAUUGGGUGUUUGA